CAGUUUUAACCGCUUUUUUCUUUAAAAAGUCUCUUCGAUGCAUUGUUUGUUUAAUUUUAUCAGUUAUCCAUGGUGCAUAUUCGCUUCUAGCUUUUUUUGUUCUCUCUGGGGCGUGAAAGUCUGCAACCGACAGAAAUAUAGUUUUCCAUUUUUCCCACAUAAUAUUUGGAUCAAGUAUUAUAUCAUAAUACGUUUGAUCAUACAGAGUCCAUUUGGUUAACUAAAUGCUCAAAUGCAUCGAAAAUUUCAAGUGUGGUGUUAGGUGGUUUGUACCAAGAAUUAAUUAUAAAUGGCUUGGAUUUUGGUUUCGAAAUUUCAAGGGUGAUUGUCUCAAGACUAUCAUCACUAAAAUCGUCUCUUACUGUAAAAUUUAUUACGUUUCGUACAUAUAUUGCGACUCCACCGCCAUGUCUAUUUCUAUCUUUCCUUACAACAUCGUAGCCUUUAACUUUGAUUUCCUGGUCAGACACCGACGAGUCGAGCAUAGUUUCAUUAAUGCUAAUUAUUUCAAAUUGUUGUUUAUCCAAGAUAUACCAAAACUGAAUCUUCCUUGGCCACCAUUGGCAUCUGAUUUGACAAUGGAUAAUGUGCAAAAAGUAGUUCCAUGUGAACUUUUUAAUGUAUUGGCUUGGACUUGUGGAUUCUCUUCAGAGCCAACUUUAAGUGAGUACGUGCCAAUUGAGGGCAAGAACAGUUCCAAACUAACAUCAAUUGUACAAGACCUUGUGAAUUUAGCAUCUGGGGGAAGGAAUCCUACACCCAAGAGCAUAGCACUUGCCAUGGCACUUAGACAACUGACAGGUUCAGCCUCAGUAAUUUCUCUAUUGAGUGGCUUUGGACAUUGCAUGUCACACUCAUUUGUAUUGUGCCAUGAAACUGCCCUUGCACAGAUGAAUAUAUCCAAUGAUUCUGCUAUUCCUCCAGGCUUUGUUAGUGAUGUUCCAACUACUCUUGCAUGGGAUAAUGAUGAUUUCUCAGAAGAAACUAGAUCUGGCAAAGAGACAACUCACAUCACUGGGGGCAUUAUCAUUCAAAGGGAACAAAGUGCAAGUACUGAGUUACAGAGACGGGAUAGCAUUCCAAGGUCAAGAUCCCUCCCAGCACCAUCAAUGUUUUUACGAGCAACAAGAGAAAACGACUGGGAUCUACAUCUCUCAGCAGUUAGAUCAAUGCUGCCAUGGUUUUUCGCAACUGACAGAGUUCACUAUGCUAGAUAUGGUACAGCAUACUGGUUGGAGAUGCUAUGUAUUGAAACAUCACAUCCAGGGGUGACCAAUGAUAUUAUAACAAACUGGACAUGUCAGCGUCAGACAGCACAUGGUUUUUCGUCAACCGCAUGUGACCAGGUAAUGGAGCAGACCUAUAAUCGUGAUUCAAAAGUGAGGGGAGGUCUGGUUGGAUUUACUCUAAAUCGGGGUGCAGUGCACAGAUGGAUAAUGUCACAGGCUGACCGUGGUGCCAUAACAAGACAGUGUCUCACAAUGGCAGAUAAUUCAUCACAUACUAGAUCACGUAAAGACAUGGAUGAGACACAAAUUAAGCACCAUGAGCAUGAAGUGGGAAAUGUUGUGGAAGUAAUCAUGAACAUGAGCAAUCCUUUUGAAGUAGAAGGCAGCAUGGUUAAUAUCGCCAGUGGAAAGGUGGCUCCUGCAAGUGUUUCCAAUGACAUGAUCUCGGCAAAAGAUAUAGGAGAACAGAAAUGUAAGACCUUUAUGUCAGAACAAUUAUUAACAAGUGAACCAGAUCUGUUUGCAACGCUUAAAGCAACAAAGCUGAACACAUUCUCAACAAUGGAAAGAAAAACUAAAGUAAAGACCAGCAAAGGACAAAUUGUUGAGUUGAAGAAUGACCUUAAGUUUGUAUCACGGUUGCUUGCAGUGGGAAAAUCAAGAAACAUUGACAUGAAAGACGUUCUGACCUAUAGUCUUCGAAAAUUCCCAUCACCUAUUGCAACUGUUGAUGGAAAGCUUGUCAAAACACCCAAAUCCAAGUUAAUGCAUGUUCUCGAGAGUCGUGUAGAAGAUCCAGCGAUCGAACGCGUACCAUCUAAUAAUGCUUUGAUAUUGGAUGGAAUGGCUCUUAUCCAGAUGAUGAAACACAUCCCUGAUACCUUCGGGAAGUUAGCUGAGAUCAUACUCCGUAGAAUUUUAUCGUUAGCAUCAAAUUCAAAGUCAACAAGAGUUGAUUUCGUGUGUGACACAUACCCCGACGUUAGUAUUAAGAACAUGGAAAGGAGUAGUCGUGCUGAUGGAGGAUCAACAGUCGUUAGGAUUCUAGGUGCAGACCAGAAAGUACCACGGCAAUUCAAGAAAUUCUUGUCGGUUGGAAAGAACAAAGAAUCUUUAAUUGAGUUCUUCUUUCAGCAUCUGAAACACGUUGAAAGGUUGUCAAAUUUGAUGGGAAAUAUUGAACUAUUUGUCAGUCAUGGCAAGAUGUGUCAUCAAUUCUGUACCAACAAUCGAGAGGAAGUUCAGAUUGAGGAAUGCGAAGAACUGUACAGCGACCAUGAAGAAGCAGACACACGACUACUACUUCACGCUAAACAAGCUUCAAGAACUCAUGGUCAUGUCGUCAUACGCAGCCCCGACACUGAUGUAUUCAUCUUGCUAUUAGGACAUAAGUUAGCGAUACCAACAUCAUUGUAUUUUGACACAGGGAUUGGAAACCAAAGGAGAAUAUUGGAUGUUGCUAAAGUGCAUCUAACUCUUGGCUCUGAGCUUUGUGAUGCUCUCAUUGGCUUUCAUGCAUUCACAGGCUGUGACAGUACCAGUGCCUUCUAUGGAAAAGGAAAGACAAAGACCUUGAACGCUUUAGAGAAAUUUCCAGAAUUUCUGUCUACUUUCCAGUCACUUGGAUCAACAUACGCGGUCUCAACAACGUUGUUUCGAGAUAUCGAAAAGUAUGUCUGUCGUCUAUAUGGACAGCUUUCUACCGAUGAUGUUAAUCUUGCUCGUUUCAACCUAUUCAGCAUUGGUCAAUACGCAGAGAACACCAUGCCAUGCACGAAAGACGUUCUUUUACUUCAUACAAAUCGUGCCUCAUAUCAAUGCCGCAUAUGGAAAAGUGCACUCCAACCAGUUAUGUCACCCCCUCCAAUCAGCGAGUUUGGUUGGGAAGUAAAUGAAGGUGAAGUCACUAUCAAAUGGAUGACCAUGCCGGCAGCUCCUGAUGGAAUUCUGGAAAACGUUAACUGUGGUUGUAAGUCUGGAUGUUCAACAAGACGUUGUGCCUGCCAAAAAGCAGAACUGAAGUGUACUGGUCUUUGUUCCUGUUGCGAUUGCACAAAUUCGCCCGACUAGAAUACAAACGAGAACGAUUUAUCAGAUGAUGACGAUGACGAUGGCUUAUUCGAACUUGAUAGCGAUGACACUGGAUUCGAGGGUAUAUUUGAAGAACAAUGAUGGUAAUGCACAAUACAGACGAGAACGAUUUAUCAGAUGAUGACGAUGACGAUGGCUUAUUCGAACUUGAUGGCGAUGACACUGGAUUCGAUGGUAUAUUUGAAGAACAAUGAUGGUAAUGCACGUAGGGUUAACAGUAUGGUAAUGGUUGAGAAGCUGAAGCGCACCCUGGCGCAGAAGCAAAUCUACAAGAAAAAGUCAGCUAGUGUUGGGCGCGAAAAACCAGGUUGAAUUUUUCCUUGUUAUUCUAGAUUGUUGCUAAAUACCAAUUUAUGACACAAUAUAUGUAAUAGUUCAAGGACGAGAAGUAGAACUUUACCAGACAAAAACCAGGACAGCUUAUUGUAGAUUGUAGAAUACAAGCAAACUCGUCUUGAGCGUAGCCCCUUGACCAGCCUUGGCUUUGGCCUUGCACUCAUGAAAAUCUAGUCUCAAGGAAAAAACAUGCAUUGCUUUCAAUUAUAGAUACUUAUGAUGAAAUUAUAGGUUUUAUAUUUCUUCCCAAUUUAUCUUUUUUUAUGAUGAACUUCGAGUUGGUGCCUGGGACAUGUUUUUGUCACAGUUAAAGGUCCUUCGCUGGUGCAUUCUGGCUUCGUCGGUUGGAACAGAUGGGUUGGAAAAGAUGGUUGGAAAAGAUUGUUAGAACGAAUGGAAAAGUUGGUCCAAAUCCAAGAUUGAUAUCCAUAGAAUAUACUUCAGCGAUGGAUAGAACGCACAAUUAAAGAAGUGCCAAACAUACCUUGCAUAGUUAUUCAAUAAUACAUUAAAUUUAAAAAUUCAAUCAGAGGUUUUCCUAGGAGUUUAUAUAAAUAGCCUGGGACAAACUGGGAAACAUUGUUGCGCAAAGAUAUUUGUGAUACUAUUUUUCUUACCAAUGUUUCGUUAUGUCAUAUUGUCUUACCAGCGUCGGCGAACGGAGAGAGAGUGUGGAAUUAAAUGUUUCCAAAUUUGGUAGGAAAUAUUUUUGCUUUUCGGGAAGCAAAUUUUGUUUCUGCAUUAAAAGCCAAUGUUUCCAGAUUUUGGAGACAGGGAAACAUUGGAGCAAACAUUGAAAAUCAUGAAUAUUUUCGCGACAAUGUUUCUUGCUGCGUUUGGCCAAGGCUAUAUUUAAGCGAAAUAAUUAACUUGUUUCUUGAUUGUGUCAGUUGUAUGUAUAUUUAUAUAUUCUCCGUCCUGUUUGAUACAGGUGGGUUUUUUACCUCACAAAUUUUUAUUGAAUUAAGAUGUUAAUAAGUAGAAUUAUACGUUAAAACGGUAUUUUGAAACAAUAGCCAAUAAAUUGAAGUGAUUUAGCAUAUGAGCAAGCAAAAUGUACAAUGUGUUUUAACAAUA